GGCAAGGCGAGUGGUCGGAUCGGGGAGACCCGAACGCAACGCGCGCGGUCUCCCAGCAAGCAUUCCGACACGGACGCCGACCACAUGAGUGGGAGUCCAGCAGCCUUAGUGCCAGUUGGCCGCACGAGACACGACGCGCAGUACGGGCGCGCUGGAAGAAAGCACAGAAGCCGACCUGCGAUGAAACGCGCUGCUGCGGACGCAUAGCGAGCACAGCACACAUAGUAGCAUCACUAACCGCCUUCGGACGCCGAAACUGGAAGUGCACGUCUCGGUGAAUGCCGGGGAAAAGUCUCACGAGUGCUCAGUUUGCGAGAGGAAGUUGAGCCGAAAAGGGAAGCCUGGACACUCAUCCUAAAAUCCACACUGGGGAUCCUCCCCAGUUUUCUCCCCUUUUCAGUGCUCAGUUUGCAAUAAGAUGUUCAGAAAAAGAAGUGACCUGGACCCUCAUCUUAGAACCCAUACCGGGGAGAAUCAUUUUGAGUGCACGGUUUGCAAUAAGAAGUUUACUAGUAAACAGUACCUCGGAAUCCAUCAAAGAAUCCAUACAGGGGAGAAGCCAGUCAAGUGCCCAGUUUGCAAUAGGAACUUCCGUCAACGAGGUCAUCUCACGACGCAUCUUAGAACCCAUACAGGGGAAAAGCCUUUCGAGUGCACAGUAUGUAAAAAGAAGUUUAAUGACCGACGAGAUCUCAGUUCCCACUUUAGAAUCCAUACAGGAGAGAAGCCUUUCGAGUGCUCACUUUGUUUUAAGAAGUUUAAUCAACAAAGUAAUCUCAGAACUCAUCUAAGAACACACACAGGGGAGAAGCCUUUCCAGUGUACUGUUUGCAGUAAGAAGUAUGCCGAAUCAGGUGCACUUCGAGUUCAUCUUAGAACCCAUACAGGAGAGAAACCUUAUAAGUGCACACUUUGCAACAAAAUGUACAGGUCAGGAAAUAGCUUGAAAUUUCAUCUUAGAACCCACUCGAAGGAGAAGCCUUUCGAGUGCAAUGUUUGCAACAAGAAGCUCUGUUCAGGGCAAAGUCUUCAAAUCCAUCUUCGAAUGCAUACAGGAGAGAAGCCUUUUGAGUGCCUAGUUUGCAACAAGAAGUUUAGUUAUGCGGAAAGUCUUCGAAGUCAUGUUGAAACCCAUACCGGGGAGAAGCCUUAUGAGUGCACAGUUUGCAAUCAGAACUUCAGUACCCGAAGUGUUCUCAGGGCUCAUCUGAGAACCCACACGGGCGAGAAGCCUUUCGAGUGCACAGUUUGCAACAAGAAGUUCAGCCGCAGAGACGGUCUCAAAGGUCAUGUUAGAAGAACCCACAUGGGCGAGAAGCCUUUCGAGUGCUCAGUCUGCAAGAAGACAUUUGGCGAAGCAGGCAAACUCAAAAAGCAUCAAAGAACCCACACAGGAGAAAAGCCAUUCCAGUGCACAGUUUGCGAUAGAACGUUUUCGGAAGCAGGAAGUCUUAGAAUUCAUCUUCGAACCCAUACAGCGGAGAGGCCUUUUGAGUGCACAAUUUGCAAUAAGAAUUUCAAAAGCAAAAAUCCUCUUGUAAAGCAUCUGGGAGUCCAUACAGGGGAGAAGCCCUUCAAAUGCUCAGUUUGUCAGAAGAUGUUUCGAUUAAAAAGUUACAUGAACGCUCACCUUAGAACCCACACAGGGGAGAAGCCUUUCGAGUGCGAAGUUUGCAACGAGAAGUUUUGUAGUAAACAGGCGGUCACUCUCCAUCUUAGAAGGCAUACAGGAGAGACGCCUUUCCAGUGCACAAUUUGCAGUAAGAAGUUCAGCCGAAGAGGUUACCUCCGAACUCAUCUCGUAGUCCAUACAGGAGAGAAGGCGUUCGAGUGCAGUGUUUGCAACAAGAAGUAUGGUCUCAAGCAAACUCUCAAACUGCAUCUUCGAACCCACACAGGGGAGAAGCCUUACGUGUGCACAGUUUGCAGGAAGAGGUUUAUUCGAUCAGGCUAUCUAAGAACGCAUCUCCAAACCCAUUUAACCUGAAACCAAAACUAUAUUGGGUUCCUGAUGAGAUGGUCACGCCAUGGGAAGGUGCGAAGAAAAUCUGAAUAUGCAAACAAGUGACUCCAGUUUCUUAACAUAAGUUCCGCUGCGCAUAGAGGUAAAAGAGCAGGAUAUGCUCCUCCAUUUUUCCGUAGAUGAGUGCAAUAUUUGUAUUUUCAAGUAUAAGCACAGAGUAUUCGUCAUGUACAUUUUGGUAUUAUUCAACUGAACUUUCGAUGAAGGGUUGUGCUGGAGUUCAUGAAUCCUGAAUUUCUGAAAUUGAAGAUGGACUAUGUAAUCGAUUUUCCAUUUACUUACACGUUGCUUAAGAAUUUUGAUGAUUGUCACCUCUAGAAUGA